AUGGCCCUUUGGGCAGGCAUAUGGGCCGUUCUCCUACAACUGGCCCUCUUGCUGUUCUUCACUGUGCCUCCAGGGCACUGCCAAGGCGAAAGGUCCCGUCUGCAGUUUACUCAACCACUGUACCAUGCGUCAGUCUAUGAGAACUCAGCCGCACGCACCUAUGCCACCAGCCAGGUGCGCAUGGGCAUUCCGCUCCAACAUCACUCCUGGGAGGUGAGGUACCGCAUCACCUCUGGGGACGAGGAAGGGUUCUUCAAAGCUGAGGAAUACACUCUGGGUGACUUCUGCUUCCUGCGGAUACGGACUAAAGGGGGGAAUGCUGCCAUCUUGAAUCGUGAGGUUCAGGAUAACUACGUGUUAACAGUAAAAGCUUCGCUUAAGGGUGAUACACUAGAGGCCUGGACUAAAGUUAGUGUGCAGGUAUUGGAUAUGAAUGACCUUCGUCCUCUUUUCUCCCCGACCACGUAUUCGGUUACCAUUGCAGAAAGCACACCCUUGCGUACCAGCAUAGCUCAGGUCACUGCCACGGAUGCUGAUAUAGGAUCGAAUGGAGAGUUCUAUUACUUUUUCAAGGAGCGAAUGGAGCUGUUCGCUGUGCACCCAACUAGUGGAGUUGUUUCUCUCAGUGGAAAGCUGGAUGUGGACAUUCAAAGCCGAUACGAUCUUGAAAUCCAGGCUGUGGACCGAGGAAUGAAACUCUAUGGGAAUAAUGGUGUAAGCAGUACAGCUAAACUUUUUGUUCAUGUAGAACGAAUUAAUGAACAUGUACCCACAUUAAGUAUUGUUACAUUGGCACCGGUAUGGACUGAAAAGUCCCCCAUCAUAGCUGUGGUCACCGUGGAAGAUCUUGAUGAAGGGUUGAAUGGAGAGAUUGAGACAGUGAGCAUUGUGGCUGGGGAUCUUCUUGAGCUAUUCAGCAUUGAAAGGACAGAUGUGCCAAGUGAAGAAAUGGUGGAUGAGGAAGGCAGCCAGAAAGGAUCUAACGAGUUUGUCCUUCGUGCAAUGGAGCAGUUUGACUGGGACAGCUAUCCAUUUGGACUAAACCUCAGCUUGCAGGCUCAAGAUCGUGGAACACCUCAGAAGUUCUCUGCUGUGCAAAUAGUGCACUUACGAUUAUCAAGACCACCCCCUGUAGAAGUCACUUUUCAAAAGAAUGAAUACGAGGUCCUCUUGAGUGAGGUUGCCCCUCCGGGAACUAUUGUGGAGGCUGUAAAACUGCAGCCAGAGCCUGAUGAUGCUGAGUACAUCCUGACCCCGUCUGCUGAUUCAGGGUUUUUCAGUAUCAACACUAUGACAGGCGUGAUCAGCACAGCACGUUGGCUCACCCAACUGAAGCAGGAAGUAUUUGAGUUAGAGGUCUUAGAAGUAGACAGUGAUCUUAGGGUCAAGGUUAAAGUCAUUCUUGAGGACGCUAAUGAUAACGCACCAUCAUUUGCCCAACAGUCUUAUGAAGUAUUUGUCAAUGAAAGUGUAGCUGUAGGCACUACUGUUGUUGUGGUGACUGCUUCGGAUGAUGACCAUGGGGAAAAUGGAUACAUCACAUACAGUAUGGCUAGCUUGACACCAUUACCAUUUAGUGUGCAGCAGUUCACCGGAGCAGUAACCACAACACAGGAGCUGGACUUUGAAUCAUCUCUAGAGAGUUUUAGUUUUGUGGUUCGUGCUUCUGACUGGGGUUCUCCAUAUAGGCGCGAGAGUGAAGUCAACAUCACUGUGCACCUUGAAAAUGUUAAUGAUAACAAACCCCUGUUUGAGAAAGUAGCCUGCGUUGGUGUUGUCUCCCGAGAACUCCCAGUAGGUGAGGUAAUUGCCACAAUGUCUGCCAUAGAUAUUGAUGAGCUUGAGCUAGUCAAAUAUAAGAUCCUCUCAGGGAAUGAGCGAGGGUACUUUGAGUUAAAUCCUGACUCCGGCGUCAUGACAUUACGUCACUCCCUCAUCACCGCAGCACCCAAAAACUCAUUCAGUCUAAAAAUUACUGCCACAGAUGGAGAACACUUUUCAGAUCCUAUGUUUGUAAACAUAUCUGUAGUGCAAGGGAAGUCCCCACCCAAGAGCUUUAGUUGUACCGAAACUAGAGUAGCCCAACGUCUGGCAGAGAAACUUCUGAAGAAAGCCAAAGCUAGCAGUAAGCCCAAAAUGGAAGAAGGCUUUAUUGACCUGUUCUCUGUGAACCGUCAAACACCUCAAUUUGACAAAUCCUUCCCAACAGACAUCACUGUGCGUGAGGAUGUAGAAGUUGGCACAAGUGUGUUUCAGGUAAAAGCCCUUGAUGGAGACACUGGGUUUAAUGGGCAGCUUUUACAUGCCAUUGCUGAUGGCAACACAGAUAGUUGUUUUAGUAUUGGAAUUCUGAAUGGUGUAAUUAGCAUCUUCCUCCCUCUAGACCGUGAGAAAACUGACCGCUAUCUUUUAAACAUUACACUGUACGAUUUAGGCCAACCACAAAGAUCAACCUGGCGGCUUCUUACAGUGUACAUAGCAGAUGCAAAUGACAACGCACCUCAGUUUCUUCAGGAUGGUGGCUAUCAUGCCCGCAUUCCUGAAAACACUCCUAUUGGUACAGAAGUCAUUCAAGUGGAGGCUACUGACAAAGAUCAAGGUCUCAAUGGAGAGAUCCAGUAUUCUCUGCUCACCAGCACCUCGCAAUUUGGCAUUAACAGCUCCAGUGGGAUUGUGUAUGUUGCUGGUCAGCUGGACCGUGAGUUGGUUCCAUUGUUCAUAUUAAAAGUGGAAGCACGAGACAGAGCAGAACGAGCAGCCCAACGGUUUUCAAUUACAACUCUUAAAAUCACACUUGAGGAUGUUAACGACUGUCCGCCUGCAUUCAUCCCAAGUGUUGCCAGCGCCCGUGCACUUGAAGACCUCCCAGUGGGCACUGUAGUCGCCUGGCUGGACACUCAAGACCCUGAUCUGGGACUUGGAGGGCAGGUCCGGUACUUACUUGAUAAUGACUAUGAUGGUCGUUUUGAGGUUGACAAGACAAGUGGGGCAAUUCGUCUUACCAAGGAGCUGGAUUACGAAACUCAACAGUUCUUCAACCUAACAGUGCGGGCAAAGGACAAAGGUCGACCUGUGUCACUACUAUCAGUUAGCUUUGUUGAACUGGAGGUGGUGGAUGUCAACGAGAACCUGUAUGCACCAUAUUUCUCAAGUUUUGCCAUGAAUGGAUCAGUAAAGGAAAGUGUUCGGAUUGGAACUUCUGUACUCCAGGUCUCUGCAAGGGACGAUGACACGGGGAGAGAUGGUGAAGUGCAGUAUUCAAUACGUGAUGGCAGUGGUCUUGGGAGAUUCACUAUUGAUGAAGAAACAGGCGUGAUCUACACGACUGAUCUGUUGGACAGGGAAACGCAGGACUCCUAUUGGCUGACGGUGUACGCCACUGAUCUGGGUGUGGUUCCACAGUCUGCAGCGCUACAAGUCUAUAUACAGGUUGAGGAUGUGAAUGAUAACUCUCCCCUUACGUCUGAACCAAUGUAUCACGCCACAAUUCUGGAAAACUCCCCAAAGGACCAGUCAGUGAUCCAGAUACAGGCGCAGGACCCUGACGCUACGACUGCAGAGCCCCGUCUGUCUUUCCGCAUCUCCAGUGGGAACCCGCAGAACUUCUUCAGCAUCAACCCGCGCACCGGUUAG